GCCUACAGGAACUUGUCACUCAGGAUUGGCUUUACUGGCAAAUUCCUCACCACCUACCUUCUUUUCUUCUAUACAGCGUCCGACAGUAGAAUGCAAGUGUGAUACUAAUAUGAGGAAACCUUUAUAUGCCCCAGAUCCUGGAGAACGUCAGGGCCCCGUCAGUUGUUGUGUUUAGAGGACUAUGCUCUCCUCGACACCGUAAGGCAAGCGCUAGUGCUAAACCAGCCAGAGUCAGAGCAGCCUCACCGCCAGCCUGAGCCUCAACCUCCACCUAUGCAACAGCGAUGGAACUGAUGCUCCCAGGUGCUGACAUGUGGUCCCAGAAGGACUCCUUCCCCCUGAGCAGAAGGCAUCACUACCUCCACGUCCGGAGAAAACUGAGGCCCAUAAGGAUUCUAGCGUUCGUCCUCAGCAUCGUGACCCUCAGCACAGUCUUCUCGUUGGGUGCCUUCCAGUGGACUAUUUCUUCUAUGGGGCUUGAUGGAAAUGGAGGUGAUCUACUUUCCUCCUCCCCCGCUGCUAUGUCCGAGGGAGACCUACUGCAGUCGGCCCCCCACAGAACUCUGCUCACCACCAAGCACCAGGGAGGCCAUAAUGUCUCCAUGAUGGAGGACAUGCCCGUGGCCAUGAAGUCUUCCAUGGACGAGAUGAACCAGGGGGACUACCCCACAGAUCUCUUCGACCUGGAGCAGAGAAGGCAGGGGGCCGUGUGUCUGCACAUGUUUGGGAUGUUGUACAUGUUCAUCGCCUUAGCCAUUGUGUGCGACGAGUUCUUUGUCCCGGCCCUGACUGUGAUCACAGAGAAACUACAGAUCUCGGAUGACGUUGCCGGGGCAACCUUCAUGGCAGCCGGGGGUUCUGCGCCGGAACUAUUCACCUCCGUCAUCGGGGUGUUCAUCUCCCACAGCAAUGUGGGCAUAGGAACCAUUGUGGGUUCGGCCGUGUUCAACAUCCUGUUUGUCAUCGGGAUGUGCGCGUUGUUCUCCAAGGAGGUUCUCCAGCUGACCUGGUGGCCCCUCUUUAGAGAUGUCUCCUUCUACAUCAUUGGCCUGUUGAUGCUCAUCAUAUUCUUUUUGGAUAACCAGAUCCUUCUGUGGGAAAGUAUCGGCUUGCUGAUGUGCUACGUUUGUUAUGUGACAUUUAUGAAGUUCAAUGCAGAUGUAGAGACCUUCAUAAAGAGUAAAUUGGGCCAGAACCAAGUGGAUGAGUUGGAGGCCGCUCCUAAGUUGGAGUCUGAUUCAUUGCUCUCAGAUGUUAUAUACUCAGAGUCACACUCUUACGGAGCACAGGCAAGCACGGGUGACGACGAGAACAAGUUGACGGCCAAGCCCCGUCUCCAGAGAGGAGGAUCAUCGGCCUCCCUCCACAACACCCUGAUGAGGAAUAGCAUUUUCCAGCUCAUGAUCCACACACUGGACCCCCUCAGUGAGGGUGAGGGACUGGGUGGGCGAUUCAAAGAGAAGGCCUCCAUUCUUCACAAGAUGGCCAAACAGAAAUGUCAAGAUGGCGGGGACGGGGAAAAACCCAACGGUGUCGCAGCAGACAAAAACAUCCCCAACAGUUCCAACGUAACAGUGGAAGUCACUUCGCCCGCGAACGGCGAUAUAGGACCGGCUGAGGAGGAGGAGGAAGAUGAGGAUGCUCCUCUGAGUUUGGAGUGGCCGGCGACGAACCGCAAACGAGUAACGUAUCUCCUUAUCCUCCCCAUCGUCUUCCCUCUGUGGCUCACUCUGCCGGAUGUCAGGAGAGAGACUUCCACAAAGUUCUUCCCCAUAACUUUCAUUGGUUCCAUCUGUUGGAUUGCUGCCUUCUCCUACCUCAUGGUGUGGUGGGCUCAUCAGGUUGGAGAGACCUUCUGGAUUACAGAGGAGAUCAUGGGAUUGACCAUAUUAGCAGCUGGUACCUCAAUCCCUGAUCUAAUCACCAGUGUCAUUGUAGCACGGAAAGGCCUGGGUGACAUGGCUGUGUCCAGCUCAGUGGGCUCCAACAUAUUUGACAUUACUGUGGGCCUGCCGUUCCCUUGGCUCAUCUACAGCCUAGUCAAUGAAUUCAAGGAGGUGCAGGUGAGCAGCAAUGGCCUGUUCUGCGCCAUCGUGCUCCUCUUCCUCAUGUUACUCUUCGUCAUCAUCUCCAUCGCCUCCUGCAAGUGGAAGAUGAGCAAGGUGCUCGGAGGACUCAUGUUCUUACUGUACAUCUUCUUCCUGGUAACCAGCGUCAUGCUGGAAGACAAGGUCAUCGUGUGUCCCAUCUCCAUCUGAAAGCCCCCACUUUAACACCAACCCCCUGGAAACACAAACGCACCUUUUCUCACACACACACAUAGAGUUCACACACUCAGAUUAUCCUCCUGUUGUCAAUGGGGGCUUCCGUUGGGAGGAGCAGUAGAAAACUAGCCUGACUUGAUUGAUUCAUUUAAAAUGUCUGAGCACAACCUGCGGAUUAUAAGUCGUGAACUUUGAGCAGGGCAGACGGACCUGUCGAUGAGUGAUUGAUUCAUGAUGCUACUGCCCAAUGGGAUGGGUUUCUCUCCGCGUCACAUGACCACAUCCGAGAGCUUCCAUUGGUUUAAAUCCGUCGUUGACUGACAGACAGGCGAUUGUAAUCGCGCCCAUGAUGGAGAGUAGGGGACCACGUCUGGUUGCUCCAAUCCAGAGGACUUUGUGAUAUGAUUAGAGAAUAUAUUUGAAUUAGUCAGGUAUCAACUGUCCAACUGUCAAUCGGGCUCAAAAACUUUGAUAACUGUAUUAAGUGGAGCUCUGGAAAAGGUCCUGCAUGUCCUAACCAGAAAGUGGCAGAGAAAUGGAAGAGAAGUUCAACGGAUGCAAGAAAUGUCAAGGCAUGAUGAACAUGGUUGGAUCCACCAACAGGUAGUUCAAAGAGAAGAUAGGCUCCUUAGCUUUCAUCGAGUUUACUGAACUGCAGCAAAUCGAGACCAAUUUGCACAUGUCCUUGCUAUAAGAGUGUCUGUAGAUUGCAUGGAUCAAGUGGAAGUCUUUUUCUUGAUUUUUGUAAAUUAGUUUUCAGUUGUAUUUAUAUUACAAAUGCUUAAUUGCAAAACCCAAAAGGUUUCUGUUCUCAAAUCACAAUCUAGAAUUUGUACAGUUCUGAUAUGGUUUAUAACUGGAACAUGGUUGUAUGAAUUUGCAAAGUUUGGAAAGGUAAAAAUGUAUAUGAUGAGAACAUGGUAGUAAUAUGAAGAGGGUUGUUUUUGUUUGGGACAAUUUUGUUAAGUAAAUAUAAUAUAGUAUUUCUAAUGUUAGUUUAUCUUCUGUUUCUUAACCCCAACCCAUAUUUUACAACUUGGUUGACACUUAAUAUUAAGGUGAAUCCAGUUGAGUAAAUCUAUUGUUCCUAAUGCUGCAACAUGUUUAUGGUUGAAAAUGUAACAAUACAAUUUUUUUGGUAAAAUAUAUAUACACAGUACUCCACUUAUUCUAUAUGCAAAUCAGCUGUGGAACAUGACAAAUGUAAAUAGCUAAAAUGGUCGACAGGUGUGAAAUUCAGUACACCGUAUGAUGUAGGGACACACUAUUUUAAAUCACUUUCAGUGUACAACAACCCCUUUAACAUUUGAAGUGGAAAACAUGUAAAGGGGUUGUGAACUCUGCACAAAUUAUCAGUUUUCCAUGUUUGAUACAGUUUGUAUACUUCAGAAUCAUAUAAGGAACAUCUAAAUAUAUAUUUUUUAUACAUUAUUUGUUUGCUUGUUUUCUCUGUAUAAUACAGCAAACAGUAACAUGUAUAUCUGAAUAACAUCCUGUUUUUUUCACUUCUGAUCAACUGAACAGAAUAGGGGUUUAAGAUUUCAUAUUGACCAAAGCAAAAUAGCAUUUGAAUUAUAUUCUCAAAAUAAUCAAUAGUUCUAUUCUGUAAAAAAAUUGAUAGGUUUCUUCUCCACUAUAAGAUCGAUCAUAAAACAAUGAAAUGUCAAACUAUUUAGUUCCUUCAGAAUUUUUACCUUACCAUUACUAUACGGUGCUUACCAUUUGACUGGCAAUGGCAAAACAUAUCUCUAUCACAGGAUUCUCCAACCAUGUUCCUGGAGAGCUACCUAGGUUUUCAAUCCAACCCCAGUUGUAACUAACCUGAUUCAGCUUAUCAACCAACUGAUUAUUAGAAUCAGGUGCGCUAGAUUAAGGUUGGAGCGAGAAAUUACGGGACCGUAGCUCUCCAGAAACAGGGUUGGAGAGCCCUGCUCUAGCGCAUGAAGCAUACAGUAUGUGCAUCACCACAAUUAAGUCAUUUUCUUAUAAAUCAUUUUUAAGAUGACAAGCCCAAUUUUGCCAUACUUGUACCAUAACAUUGAUUUGUUAUAUUAUCACAUUCUAGUGGGCAAAACUGGUUGAAAAUAUGUAUUUUCGAACAGUUUUGCCAUGGAAACAACGUCUUUUGAACCAGUUUUGCUCGCUGGGAUAUACUAAAUGUGAUUUUUAACAGUAAUAAUUGAACCAUCUGAGACUGAAUAGGCAAAAUAAAUGUGCUACUUUAUUCACAACUAAAAUAAUGGAUUAUCUUUGUUAAACAAUUUUCCAUUUAUUACUGUAUCCCCCGUCACUUUUUGUCAAUUUCUCUAAGCCAAUUUCAUCAUUGUCAAUUGGUUUUCUCUCAUGUAUGCACUUUUUAUGUAUACAAACAGUUUGAAAACUGUAAUGUAAACUCAAAAUAUGAUAAUUCCAUCUUAUAUUUAGACCAAUAUUGCUUCCACUGCUUUAGGGUUUAAUGUUAUUGAUAUCUAUAGAACACUUUUAGUUUACAGAUAACUUCAUAACAUUAGACAUCCACAUUGCAUUAAUAAAGAAAGCACUUUCAUAUAAAUUAGUAUGUAAUUUCUUGAUAUUUUUUCAAUUGAUCUUAUGCAUGUGUAACAUUUAAUGUAUGGAUGAGUAGGAAGGAAAAACUGUCAAUAUACAGAACUAUAUGGAUGGCGUGGAAGUCUAUCAUAAUAAUACAUAACAUACAAUGAAUGGCAAGGCUUUUAUAUUUCUGUUACAUACCAUAUAUUUAAGUAUGAAUCAUGUAUAUGAAUCAUAAUCAUGUAUACUUGAAUCAUGUAUAAUAUUGUAAAAAUCAUAUCAGUCAUUCUGUAUAAAAUGUCAUAUGAUAUUAAAUGAAACUUUGU